AUGGCUGCACCACAACGACCGGGAGACAAGAGCCCUUACCAUUAUCAGAACAGCUCAAAUCCUAGACAAACCGCGCCCUACUCCAGACCGCCUGUUAAUGCCAUCAGUCCCAAUGUCAGUACCCGCCCCACAUUAUCUGGAGGCUCACAACCUCCUCUAUCGUCGGGAACAAGCGGCAGACCGUCAAGAUACAACCCUAGCGCGUCGGGGAGACCGUACACGUCAGUUGGUGGGCUCAGUGUAAAACCACGCUCGGGAAGCCGAUACAACCCAGAGCCUGGGUUCACAAUCUCUGGUCAGAGUAGUGGAACUGGCAUGCUCGAUUCCAGGCGCUUUUCUAAUGGUCCCCAUUCAUCAGCAACGUCUAGUCGUUAUAACUUGCAACAUAGUUCAGGAAAUCCUAAGCCAAACCACCAUGGUUACUACAACCCUCCUUACAAUCGGCGUCGGCCUUCAUCAGUUUCUGAUGGAUACGAAUCGGGACCACAUAGCUAUUCUGCGAGAAGCAAAUGGCGGGAAUCGUUUCCCAACUCCAAUUCGCUUGAUUAUGAAGGAUACAAUGCUGGUGUGUCUGGAAACUCCACAAAUAUCUCUUCCAGCAAGGCACUACCAUCAGCUUACAUUAAUCGCUACCACAAUAAUUCACAACCGUUUUCCAGUCGAUAUAGUCAUAAUAAAGAUGAACGCAGCUACAACGAAUCAAGUAGUGCAUACCACAAUAGCGAUACCAGGUUCGCCGAUAACCAGCAUUCGUUGGGAUCAAGUCUCAUAAAUUCCGUGCCGCAAACUACGCGCAAAAUUGAAGCUAAAGUUGCCUCAGAACACGAAAGAAUAGAUCUCAAAAAACAGAAACUCUCGGAGGACAGGAUGAAAUACGAAAAGAAUUUGAAUGACGAAACGACAGACAAUACGAGGGACGAUACUAGGGACGAUAUGCCAACCGUUGAGUCAAUUGGCCUUUCGGAUAACGAAAUUGACGAUAAUAAUAGUGCUGACGCGCCUGGCGAUUUCGCGAAGAUCAAGGCAGGUCCAGUUUCAAAUAAAUUGGAGGAGCCACCUACAAUAGAUGAAAUUCAACAGCAGCCCCCUUUAACAAAGCCUCUCUUGGAUCAGGAUAAGGUAACGCCUGCGAUCAAAGCAGAAUCGGAUGCCAAGGAAAAUAUCACACCUUCGAACCACUUGCCUCUCCCAGAAAAACAGAGACCGAUGACAGGAUAUAGUAAACCUCUCGAAGAUGUUGGUGGCUGCAUAUUUCCAAUGACCGAGCCAGAGAUGAAGCUUUGGGAGUUGAAGAAUCGUGACAGAAAUCAGAUUAUCAAAUGCCAGAGAUACCUUUUGAAAAACCCUAUAAUAUCUUUCAAAGAGUAUCCGUUCAUGUCUCAAAAUAUCCUGAUACAUGAACAAGCCAUAAAGCCAGUGCUUCUCAAAUCAUUAUCGAAGUUGAAAAACUAUGAAAGACUUAGAAAAUUACAACUGAAGAAAGAAUUCCUUGACCUCGAUCACAAAUGGGUUAAUAGUUGCCAGCGGCUACAAGAGAUCAGCAAGGAGGUUAAAAAGGAAGAAGUAGCUGAAAAAUCCGCAGAUCUACAGAGGGCAGAAUCUGAAAGGUCAAGGGAAAAAGAGGAACAAGAUCAACACAACCGCGCUGGCAGUAGACGUCGAAACAGAGCUGACUUUGUCGAUGACACAGAAAUAGAAAGUGUGUUGUUGCAGAUCGAUCCCGAUUAUAAGCAUCAUCAGUUCGCCGCACGAAUCCCCGCUAUGAUUAUUGACCCCAUCCAAAAGCUUGCAGUUAAAUUCAAGGAUGUAAAUAAUCUCGUCACCAAUAAAGACGCUUGGGCCACAAGAGUACGAAAGGAUGGUAUCGACACAUUCACUCCAGGGGAACAUGAAGCAUUUGUGGAGGCCUAUCUACUUUACCCAAAAAAAUUUGGAAGAAUUUCGCAGUACAUGGGCGGCCUUCGAAAGCCAGAAGAAUGCGUUUUACACUAUUAUAGAACGAAGAAGGAGACUAACUACAAACAGCUGCUCAUUGACAAGAAUAAGAAGCGCAAGAUUAAUACUGGUCGCAAACGGAAGGAGAAGGAGAGAGAAAGACUUAGUCCGGAAGCUUCUCUUGAAAACAAUGUUCAGGAUCUUGAGGUCAUGGCAGAAAAGAACGAGGUUAACUUGACAGAGGCGGAAAAACCUGUUGACGAGACCGAAUACGAGGAGGGUGAUCAAAGCGUUGAUUCGAGAGGGGCUGAAGUACAAUUUUCUGAAAAUGCUGUAAAAUCUGAUUUUGAAGAGACAGUACCUUCGAUCAGCAAAGCCGCAAUUGAUUUAAUCGAGCAUGAUUCACAGCCUGGGCAAGAGACGGAGCCAGAGAUUGAAACUAGAGUGGACACUGCACAAUUAGCAGUAGCAGUGGCUCAAUCUGCAACAGACGUUGCUGGCGACACUCCUCCUAUUGACCCAGAACAAGACGUGAAGGUCAACAAACGGAAAAUUCAAGAAAUGGAGGAAGUUACCAACGAUUUACCAAAUCUUCAACCAAUAGCUCCGGCUUUAGUUAGCGAAGCAAAGGAGAACUCGAGAAUGGAGGAUGCCCAGACUUCCCUUAACUCGGAAGAAAUAGAAAAAGGUCAACAGUCGAAAAAGAGGUCAAAACACAAUGACGGCUUUCACAAGUCAAGCUAUUGGAGCGUCAAAGAGACUAAUUUGUUUCCAGAGCUUCUUAAAGAGUUUGGCACCCAGUGGGCAUUAAUAUCUGAAAAGCUGGGAACCAAGUCUACUACUAUGGUGAGGAACUAUUUCCAAAGAAACGCAGAUCAAAUGGGUUGGCAAUCGCUAGUUGAGGGUCUCAAUGCCGGUCAAUCAACUGAAAAAAAUCUUGAAAAAGAGACCAGCGCGACUAUGGUAGAAGCUCAACACGAUGUAAUGCCAUUGCAGCAGAUUCCAUCAAUGCCUUCGCAGCAGAUCCCAUCCGUAAGCAUUUUCAAUCAGUCAAACCGUGACGCUACAACUCCAACGCAAGUGCCUACACAGACAACGUCGGAAUCCUUUUCUCAGCAAUCAACGCCGAAAGGGUUACCCCCGCCACGCUUGCCCUCCAUUCAACUCCACACGGACAGUGUUGGUGCUGAAAAACAAACAGUAGUCACGCAAGAAACUACGGCGGACCAAGGAUCAGGUCCCUCAGUGCACUUCGCACCGGAAGUUAGUGCUACCUCGAUAGUUCAUAGUAUCAAUCAGUCGUCCGGUCCAUCGUCAGCGACCUCAUCUCAGACAGGAAUCGGAAGCAGGAGGUCAUCUAUCAAAAGUCUACUUAAUAAUGAUCCCACGGAGUUUCAUAACCCACCCAUUCGGCAACCCGAGGCCAAGGAAUUGCCUUCAAACAGUCGAAAUGAAAUAUCUGGUGCUAACGUGAUUGUGCAGGAACUCCAGUCGUUGCAAUAUACAUCACCACCAGCGGAUGGACCCUUCGUCACUUCAUCGACCAGACCCGCUCCUAAGAAGCCUGGGUUUUUGUCUGCUAUUCUUAACGCGGCAACAUCUCCGGCAUCUCAGGCCCCCCAAGGACCUCCUAGGGUUUCCAUUAAUAAGUUUCCGGAACCUUCGACUGACUUACAUUCUGUUCAAAGACCGAUCUUACCUCCAGUGAGCGCUCACUCUAAUAUCUCCCGUGCUUCAAUUUCCGCGAAUUCCUCUCACACAGUUCCUACGAGGCCGCCAGAGUUCAAUUUUGCUAAUGAUCCCCUCGCGGCUCUGGCAGCCGUGGCCUCUGCUCCUGAGGCGUUGGCUUCUCUCGUACCGCCGGACGGUGGAGCACUUCACAACUCGUCCUCGAGGCAACAGUAA